AUGGAGAUAGAUCUCGCAGGCCACGGCAAAGGUGGCAACAGUCAAAUGGAUCCAAGUGAACGCAGCACGGAAUGCUUCCAAGGUAUCCUGUGUUAUGUGGCGGGUGGGCUGUUGGCAACCCUCAGCUUACGACGUGCUGGGAUCACUGCGCAACUUGUCGGCCUGGGGACGUCGGGAGAUGUGCAGCUUCUGGGCCCUGUGGAAAGACGCUUCGACGAGUAUGCGGAAGAGAUGGGAUUCCUGCAAGACUGGCGGAAGGUCUCUCUUCGGCGGUUCUGUGAGGUGACUGCAAUGUACGUCUUCAUGGUGUCCUGCCGGGUGCUGGCAAGCGUGAUCACCAAAGAAGUGACCUAUGGUAGCGCGGUGGGCGGAGGGUUAGCAACUGCCUUCCCGAGCUUCGCCUUUUCCCUCAUUGCCCUGACACUCUCGCUGAUCUGCUACUGCCAGCUUCACGUGUGCUGUGGGCUGGAGCUUGCCAUAGACAGUUUCGGCCUUCGUUUGUUCCGGGACAUGAACAUGGAAAAGGCUUUGGAAGAGUGGAACUUGGUGCAGGCGACUCUGCGGCAGACCUCUGGGAAAAUCAGCGGCUCCCUCUUCAUUCUUGGAGCGACAAGCUUUGCAACGCUGAUGUUCCUGGCGGAGCAGCUGCUGAACAACGCAGAUCUGCUGCGGAACUUGUCAACGAAUCUGGUCGACACCUGCUUGUGGUUGGGAUGGCUCUACCCGCCCAUACUGCUGUUUGUAUACUCGAUGUUUCGCGCUGCUGCUGUUAGCGAGAAGGCCAGCCGCGUGGCUCCUCUUGUCAAUUCCUGGAAGUUUGAUCCGGAAGAUCUCGGAGAUGCUCAGUGGAUGGAUGCGGACCGGCAAUAUGUCGUUCAGUACAUCAUCCAGAGCGAAGCCGGCUUCUACAUGAAAGGAGUUCGGCUGACAGCUGGAUCUGUUCAAAAGAUGAGCUACUACAUGGCGGCAUUCACGUUCAGUCUCUUUGCGAGAUUUUUUGCUGACAGCUGA